AUGGAAAAAAUAGCAAAACCAGUUGCUGUUCCAGGAGAGGAGAUGUCGAAGUCAGAAUCGGCCUCUGAAUAUGAGAUUCAGUACCGGUCGACGAUCCAACCGAGGACUGCCGUCAGAUCGCAGUCCCGGCAGAGUGGAAACUACGUCUCCGGCGGAGCCGGUGGCGGCGGCGGUGGUGAGCGAAUUCCAAUCAUUCAAUUUUUCGAAAAAAAAUUUACAAAAAAUUGGCCAGUCUUAACAAAUCAGCGAAUCACAUGCCGCAUGAGAAAUAUACCUUUAUGA